CUGCCUCUUUAAACUCCGCCCCCUGCAUGUUGUCUAGUUAUAAAAGAGUACAGGUGAGAAGAGCUCAGGUAAUCUGCACCUUACACACACACACACACACCUGUUGGCACUGUGGAGAGGAUUAUACAGCACACACACUUGAGACUUGGACACCUUAAACGUGCAUCACUCACCAAGCAGGAGCACGAUGGCCUCCAAUGAACUGAGCCACAUUCUGAAUAAUGCUAACGCUAACCUGUACCCGAGCGAGCCGAGCCUGCAUGCAGUCAGCUUUCCCACAAUGCACCGCGUCUCACCGUUCAACGACACGCGCUACUGCAACAACAACAACAACAACAGCAUACACAACACAGUCGGUCUGUGGCAGCAGGUGAACCCUCAGUCCUGGAGCAGGCACAAUGUUCUAGACUGGAUCGACUUCCACGUGGAGGAGAGUAAAUAUGACGCCACACUGCUGAACCUCGACUGUUGUAAUAUGGACGGCUCGGUGCUGUGCUCACUCAGCAGGGAUGCCAUCAUGGCCGCCUUCGGCCCACAGCUCGGGGAGACACUGCACCAGAGCCUCGAGAACCUCAAACACAAACCUGUUGAUGACAUCACACAGAACUGCAUGCUGAAUGAAACCUACGAGCUGCUGACCAGCUUCCUGUCUGAACUCCCUCGAUCACCUUUCAACGACGGUCCGACACUCGACAGUGUGAUUGUCCAGAGCAUUCCCACAGGUAACAAAGAGAGCGACUUCAGCUACUUUAAUGAGUAUAAAACACAACUAACACCAGCAAGUGAUAAUGGCUACGAGUCGUACUCAGAGAGUCUGCAGAGCUCCAUCACAGGAAGUUUUCCAAACCCGAGUUCUCCAGAAUGUGCUGGAAGUGAUUCAGAUCCUGAAUAUACAGAUACACACUGUACUUACCCACCAAAGAGCUUCAUUAAACAGGAGCCUGUGGAGAAGAAGAGACGAGGUCGACCUCCAAAGCUGGGCCGCAGCUCUGAGCUCUUUGUAGAGAGCAAGAAGAAUAAACAUGCUCCACGCGGUACACACCUGUGGGAGUUUAUCCGUGACAUUCUAAUCCACCCGGAGAAGAACCAGGGCCUGAUGAAAUGGGAGGAUCGCAGAGAGGGCGUCUUCAAGUUCCUGAAAUCAGAGGCAGUGGCUCAGCUAUGGGGUCAGAAGAAGAAAAACAGCAGCAUGACGUAUGAGAAACUCAGCCGUGCGAUGAGGUAUUACUACAAGCGAGAGAUCCUGGAGCGAGUGGACGGCCGGAGACUGGUCUACAAGUUCGGGAAGAACUCGAGUGGGUGGAAGUUGGAGGAGUUGGGGAUGUGAUGUGAGAGUGGAAGACGUGCUGAGAGAGGCAUGAUGAAGGACUGUAGUGUAGAGACACAUGGUUAGUGUGAAGGCUGGUGGUAGCUGAACUCCCUGCUCUGAGGGAGGAGCGUAACAGAGACGCUGUAAGCCAGUACUGGCUAAUGUAGGUUUUAUGAACCGAUAAUAAUGUCAUGUAAUUCAUGUCACUUUUAUCUUUUGGAAAUAUUAAAAUUUGACACUUCUGUUCAAUGGGCACGCAGGCGUGACCAUCACAUGACCCCGAGUGGAUUAUGAUGGGGCUUUAGAUGAAGGUUAUGGAGAUUUAUGUAUGCAUAUAUGUUUCUACUCCAGGGCUGUGUUUCAGUGCUGUUUAUUUUAACACACACUCGUUUACUACCCUAAUGUACUUCCGCUAAUGAUCGAGAAAACUAAAAUCAUCCUAGACCAGGGAUAAAGUCUGCAAUAGUUUCACUGCUUACCAUUAAACACCAUCAGAAACUUGUGGAACCAUUAAUCAUCAAGAACCAGCAGGAAAGCUCCAUUAAACUACCAACCAUUAAACUAAUCCAACCAGGAGCUCUUAUACACCACUCUCUAUUACUGGGAUUGUUGUGUAGCUGUAGAUGAUGUGUGUUUGGAGGUUGUUAGAGGAAGCGUUUGAGUGUGUUUUAGGAAGCGUACUGAGACACAGGGAAGGGAAUUUAAAACACUUGUAACCAUAUUCAGGUUGUGUAUCUGCACGAAAAUAAGUGUCAGUGGUUAAUGUACAGUUUUUUAAACUUUCUAAAACAAUAUUGUAUUUGUUUUUGUUUAAAUGUAGAACAAACUGAAAAAAGAAAACUCUGAACUAAUCAUUUUACUGCCACAUGAAGUUUCUACAGAACAUCAUCACACCACACUUAUUAUUAUUAAUGUGGUUAUUCUUUUAAAUACAACUCCAUAACAAAUCAGCUGUGUGUGUGUGUGUGUGUGUGUGUGUGUGUGUUCAGGGUGAGGGUUUGUUCUGUUUAAGAUGGUGUGUGUAUUAAUCACACACACUGUCUUCUGUAUGAGACGUAUUUCUCAGAUUUAUAGCACAGAAAUGACUUAUGUGUAUGACAUAUUGUUCUUAUUUUAUAGGAGAAUUUUUUUAAUUAAAGUUUUAUUACAUGAA